UGUAUUAGCUCUAGCAUGACACAAAUGAAAUUCAGUAAUGCUUGUGAUAAAAGAAAUAAGAUAAGAUACGAAGCGUUUGGCAACUUGCAAGCAAGGCGAACAGCCACAUCAGCACUCACCCGCGAGCGGUUGCAGUCUUCAAUUCGACUGAUUGACGAGAAAGGCAGCGCCAUGGACAACGACUUCAAACAGAUGAACCCCGUGGGAUUUCAGCACAGCCCCUACGUCCCUCAGCCAGCUCCCUCGCCCGUCCUGAUAGUGGCUCCUCCUGCUCCAGUAGCGCCUCAGCAGACGGUGGUGGUGGUGGGCUCUAACGCUCUCCCGCCCGGCGUCUGCACCGUCUGCAGGGUGGGCAAGAUCAAAGAUACUGCAUCGUGCUGCACUUGGCUCUGUUGCUGCAUUUUGCUUCCGUUCGGCCUGAUCCCCGGCAUUAUUGCCUUCUGCUGCUGCUACCGCCACCCCAAGUGCAGCCACUGUGGAUACAUCAUUGACUAAGCUGCCGCUGCUGCAGCGGCGCGGGGCUACGACGGCUGGGCGGCCGCCUCGCCUCCGGACUGCCUAAGGCCACUCUGGCUUUAGGACAAACGAUCAAGACUAAUUUACUUCAGAAAUAAUUCUGGGAAAGUGCUUCAGGCGUAUAAGGUUUAAAAUAAUUUUUUUUUUUACAUCUACCUUGUGACUCCACAUAAUACAAUUAUCAAGAACUUUCUUCUCUAGAAGUUUCUUAUGGUGGUAAUAAAAAAAAUAUUUACCUCAUAAGUCACUUCAGUUUCAUAAGAUUAAAAAUAAACUAUAUUCGUGACAUGAAAUUUGUUUUGAUUUUUGGCAGAGUUGGCUACUGUCCUCGAUAACUGCGUUAUAAAGCGAGGAUUUUGAUUUUGGCUCUUAUAGCCCUUUGACGGGAAUGCGUUUCCGGGAUUUCCUGGCAUAAAUAUAUGGAAGGCUCUAAACGAAACGAAAAGAUGAAUUUUCCUCUACGACUUAUGAAUAAAAUAAUAGCAGUUC